AUGAACACUCAACAGAUGGAGCAGAUGGGCCAGUUCAAGAUCACAGUCUGGGAGGAGGAGAACUUCCAGGGAAAGCGCUGUGAGUUCAUGCUGGAGUGCCAGAACAUCAUGGAGAGGGGAUUCAACAAGAUCCGCUCCAUCAAGGUUGAGAAUGGACCCUGGGUGGGUUAUGAGUACCCAGAGUUCCAGGGACAGCAGUUUAUUCUGGAGAAGGGAGACUACCCUCGCUACGAGGCCUGGAGUGGAAACAGCAGCUACAGAACCGAGCACAUGCUUUCCUUCAGACCCAUCAAGUGCGCUAACCACAGUGACAGCAAGGUGACCCUGUACGAGUGCGAGGACUUCCAGGGCCGUAAGUUUGAGAUGUGUGAUGACUACCCCUCCCUACAGGCCAUGGGCUGGUGCAGCAAGGAGGUGCCCUCUAUCAAAAUCAACUCCGGAGCCUGGGUGGCCUACCAGUUCCCCGGUUACCGUGGCUACCAGUACAUCCUGGAGAGAGACAGACACCAAGGCGAGUACAGAAACUACAACGAGUACAGCACCCAGGCUCACACCAACCAGGUGCAGUCCAUUCGUAGGAUCCAGCACUAA